AUGAAGAACAUUCUCAAGAAGCUUCAUAUCAUGCCUACUACUAACCAAUCACAAGAGGACCAAGCUCCUGCUUCAUCAAGGUCCAACAAGAAGAUUUCAAAUUGGUUGCAUUCUGUAUCCAAUAGGCAGACUCCGAUUCCGACUCCGGCGACGGCGACGGCGACGGAGACGGAGCCUUCUGAUUCACUUGCCGGUGGCGGUUUGGAUUCGGCGCCGUCUAGCACUUUUAGGGAACCUGAAGUGGAAGACGACGACGAAGAAGAAGAAUAUCAGAUACAGCUUGCUUUAGAGCUUAGUGCAAAGGAGGAUCCUGAGGCUGUUCAGAUUGAAGCUGUUAAGCAGAUUAGUUUGGGAUCCUGUGAUCCUCAUAACACGCCGGCACAAGUCGUUUCAUAUCGGUACUGGAAUUACAAUGCUCUUGGUUUUGAUGACAAGAUCUCGGAUGGUUUCUAUGAUCUGUAUGGGACUGUGACCGAGUCUAACUCUGCAAGAAUGCCAUGCCUUUUGGAUCUGCAAGGAACAUCAACUUCAGAUUCUGUCACUUGGGAAGCAAUCUUGGUCAAUAGGGCUGCAGAUUCCAGUUUGUUGAAACUCGAGCAGGAGGCCCAAGAGCUGGCAGUUAAGGCAAGAAAAGAUUUUGAGGUAGUUGUAGAUAGUAAUUUGGUGCAUAAGCUUGCUAUCUUAGUGGCUGACUACAUGGGUGGACCAGUUGAAGAUCCUGAAAGCAUGGCAAGAGCCUGGAGGAGUCUCAGUUACAGUUUAAAAGCAACCCUUGGUAGUAUGGUGUUACCACUGGGCUCGCUGACCAUAGGAUUGGCUAGGCAUCGUGCCUUGUUGUUUAAGGUUUUAGCUGAUAGUGUGGGCAUCCCAUGUCAGCUGGUGAAAGGACUACAAUAUACAGGUUCCGACGAUGUGGCUAUGAACUUUGUCAAGAUUGAUGACGGGAGGGAGUACAUUGUUGACCUGAUGGCUGAUCCAGGAACACUUAUUCCUUCUGAUGCAGCUGGAUCACACAUUGACUAUGAUGAAUCUUCUUUUGUAGCUACUCCUUCAUCAAGAGACCUUGACUCCUCUCAUAUGGCAUCAUUUGGCAGUGGGGUUGGAAGUUCAUUUGAUGGAACUCUAGACUUUGGGACACAAGAUAAAGGAAACAGAUCAAAACAUUCUGUCCAUGCAGGGAAAGAAUCUGAUGUAAUCAGUCCCACUACAGGCAGGGAAGAAGUAAAGAAUGCCAUAGAUAAAUUCAAAGGUGCUAGUAAUGUGGAAAAGGUCAUAGUGAGAGAAUCUCCUAGCAGACUUAAUUAUCCAUAUAUGCAUGGAAGAUCUCCUUCUUGGACUGAAGGGAUCAGUUCCCCUGCCGUGCAUGGAAUGAAAGUUAAAGAUGUCUCCCAAUAUAUGAUUGACGCUGCAAAGGAGAACCCUAAAUUAGCUCAAAAGCUUCAUGAUGUUUUACUUGAAAGUGGCGUUGUUGCUCCUCCAAACCUAUUUACUGAAGUUUAUCAGGAGCAGCUAGGUUCCCCAUCUGAGGCAAAUUUUCCAGUUGAUGAAAAAGGUGAAUCAAAACAGGGACGUAUACAGCAAGAUACUAAGGUUGAUGAUAAUCAAGGUCUUGCUCAGUUUUUACCUCCUUUGCCCCUUCAGAGAGUACAUGCCAAAGCAAGUCCUCGCAGUCAGCUGGACCAUUCUAAGCCUUUAGAGGGUUUGGGAGUCAACUUACCUCUUGAUACAAGGGAGGCUACUGGACAGCAAAUAUCGUCUCAGGCAGAAGCAACUCAGGUAAAAUAUGGGAAAAAUGUCCCAGUUGCUGCGGCUGCUGCCGCCGCCGCUGCUGUUGUUGCAUCUUCUAUGGUAGUUGCUGUGGCGAAGUCAAGCACUGAUUCAAAUCUUGAGAUUCCAGUAGCAGCAGCUGCCACUGCUACUGCUGCAGCUGUAGUAGCAACCACUGCCGCUGUCAGUAAACAGUAUGAGCAGAGUAGUCGAAGUGAUGCAGAUGCAGAGGCUUCUGGUCAUGAUCUGAGGGGUAAUAGUGACGGAGAGCAUGUUGCUUUAGGAGCAAACUCAGAGGGCGAGAGAAUAUCUGAUAGAUCAGCAAGAAGUGAUAGUGCAAAAUCGGAUUCUGCCCUAGAUGAUGUUGCUGAGUAUGACAUUCCAUGGGAGGAAAUCAUGAUGGGCGAGCGUAUUGGGCUUGGAUCAUAUGGGGAAGUGUACCACGGUGAUUGGCAUGGAACUGAAGUUGCUGUAAAGAGGUUUCUAGAUCAAGCUAUCUCUGGUGAAUUACUUGAAGAGUUCAAAAGUGAGGUCCAAAUAAUGAAGAGACUAAGGCAUCCAAAUGUUGUUCUCUUCAUGGGAGCUGUAACUCGGCCUCCAAAUCUUUCUAUUGUUACUGAAUUUCUUCCUAGAGGGAGUUUGUAUAGGUUAAUUCACCGACCUAACAAUCAACUAGAUGAGCGAAGGCGGUUGAGGAUGGCCUUAGAUGCUGCUCGUGGAAUGAACUAUUUGCACAGCUGCUCUCCAGUAAUAGUGCAUCGUGAUUUGAAGUCCCCUAAUCUUCUUGUAGACAAAAACUGGGUUGUAAAGGUUUGUGAUUUUGGCUUAUCACGAAUGAAGCAUAGUACAUUCCUUUCUUCCAGAUCAACUGCAGGAACAGCUGAGUGGAUGGCUCCAGAAGUCUUAAGAAAUGAGCUUUCCAAUGAAAAGUGUGAUGUGUAUAGCUUUGGGGUUAUAUUGUGGGAGCUCUCUACACUGCAGCAACCAUGGGAAGGAAUGAAUCCAAUGCAAGUUGUUGGUGCUGUUGGUUUCCAACAUCGGCGUCUUGACAUUCCAGAUGAUGUGGACCCUGCAGUUGCAGAUAUCAUCAGGCAAUGCUGGCAGACAGAUCCAAAGUUGAGACCCACGUUUACCGAAAUUAUGGCUGCUUUGAAGCCAUUGCAAAAGCCUAUUACUGGUUCUCAAGUGGUAAGAACAGGUGGUCAGUCAUCCAGAGCUGCCGAAGGCCCUGCAUGAUAGUAGAACAUUAUACAGCUAACUGAAUCUUUAAUUUUGCUGGUAAAAAAUUGAGGGCGAGUUGUAGAGUAUUUUGCCAUUUGGAAUCAAAGAAACUGAAUGGUUGAAGAUCAUCGUCUAACGUACACUGUCACUGGACUACUCUUGCUCCUUUCCUUUGUUUUCUGCUUGAUUUCUCACUGACUCUAUUCUCUUGUGCAAUCAUUGCCAGGUUGUACCAUUUGUUUUGUACAAAAUUCUUUGGGAAAAUGUUGUAAUCAAUCAGUUUUUAAGUUUUGAUGUCCAUAGAAUAACUAUGAUAGUUGCCAGCUCUAAGUGUAACUUGAAAGGAAAAGAAAGGAAAGGAAGGCAUAGCAACAAGUGAAAUUUGUUUGCUGCUGAACUGUUAUUACAUAUUAGUGACCAUGUAAAUGUGUUUCAGUUACCAGUAUUUCCUUCCUUUUCUCUGUUUAUGCACAUUCAUGUGCUUUUGAUUAUUGGAUAUGGUUUCUUGCAUUCUC